CUCGGCGCCCGCCCGCGUGCCCCCCGAGGCCGGGGAGGGGCGCCAUGGAUUGCACGAGCGGCUGCGGGGGCGGCAGCGACCCCCGGGCGCUGGAGGAGAGCAAGCCCUUGCUGGGCGAGGCGCCCGAGGGGACCAGAACGGGGGCCGCCCCGUGCCGGAGAGGCGUCCGCUGCAGCGGCAUGAGGUACAAGCUGCUCCAGGAAGGGGACAUUCAGGUGUGUGUCAUCCGGCACCCCCGGACUUUCCUCAGCAAGAUCCUCACCUCCAAAUUCCUGCGGCGGUGGGAGCCCCACCACCUGGCCCUGGCGGACCACAGCCUGGCCUCCGCGACGCCAACUGGGUACAUGGAAAGCUCCAUUUCCUACAGUUCAAUUGAAGAUAUUCAGUUGCUCUCUUGGGAGAAUGCCCCAAAGUAUUGUUUACAGCUCACGAUCCCUGGGGGGACAGUCUUGUUGCAGGCUGCAAACAGUUACCUGAGGGAUCAGUGGUUUCAUUCCUUACAGUGGAAGAAAAAGAUUUACAAGUACAAGAAAGUGCUGAGUAAUCCAAGCCGCUUAGAGGUGGUCCUGAAAGAAAUCCGGACCUUGGUGGACAUGGCAUUAACUUCCCCUUUGCAGGACGAGUCCAUCCAUCAAGCUCCUUUAGAAAUUGUUUCCAAGUUGCUCUCGGAGGCAACCAACCUAACUACUCAAGAGCAUGAAAAUAUUAUUGUGGCACUUGCUCCUUUGCUGGAAAACAACCACCCACCACCUGACUUGUGUGAAUUUUUUUGCAAGCAUUGCAGAGAACGCCCUCGGUCCAUGGUGGUCAUAGAAGUGUUCACUCCAGUGGUACAGAGAAUCCUAAAGCAUAACAUGGACUUUGGGAAAUGUCCUCGGUUAAGGCUCUUCACUCAGGAGUACAUUCUGGCCUUGAAUGAACUGAAUGCAGGCAUGGAAGUGGUGAAGAAAUUUAUUCACAGUAUGCACGGCCCUACCGGCCAGUGUCCGCAUCCCCGGGUCCUUCCGAAUCUCGUUGCUGUCUGUUUAGCGGCCAUUUAUUCUUGCUAUGAAGAAUUCAUCAACAGCCGGGACAAUUCUCCAAGCCUGAAGGAAAUUCGGAAUGGCUGCCAGCAGCCUUGUGACCGCAAGCCCAAUCUGCCUCUUCGUCUUCUCCACACCAGCCCUGACUUGAUGUCCCGGGAGGCUACGCUGGCUGAAUCCCGCCUCAAGUCAGUCAUUGUCACGUCCAACGAGAUCCACGUCGAAGUUGAGCGCAACAACGUGGCCAACCAGAAGAUGACUGCCAGUGUUGGCAGUGACAGCGAGCCCAACCUGAUUGACUGCUUGAUGGUCAGCCCCACCUGCAGUAGCAUUAGCAUUGAACUUAGCGCACAGGCGGAUCGCAUCCUCGGCUGCUUUGUGGAAAUACUCAAGAUGCUAUCAGAUUACGAAGAUUGGAGACCAGCUCUGGCCAGUUUGCUCCAGCCCAUCCCUUUCCCCAAAGAGGCUCUUGCACAUGAGAAGUUCACAAAGGAGCUGAAAUACGUCAUUCAAAGAUUUGCGGAAGAUCCAAGACAAGAAGUCCAUUCCUGUUUGCUGAGCGUGCGGGCUGGCAAGGAUGGCUGGUUCCAGCUCUACAGCCCUGGCGGUGUGGCAUGUGAUGAUGAUGGGGAGCUGUUUGCCAGUAUGGUUCAUAUUUUAAUGGGCUCCUGCUACAAGACAAAAAAGUUUCUGCUUUCAUUGGCUGAGAACAAACUGGGCCCUUGCAUGCUGCUGGCAUUGAGAGGCAACCAAACCAUGGUGGAGAUCCUUUGCCUGAUGCUGGAGUACAACAUUAUUGAGAACAAGGACACACAGCUUCAGAUCAUCUCAACCCUUGAGAGCACUGAUGUGGGGAAGAAAAUGUAUGAGCAGCUUUGUGAUCGUCAGAGAGAACUCAAAGAGCUGCAGAGGAAAGGCGGCCCCACCAGGUUAACACUGCCAUCAAAAUCCACGGAUGCAGACCUGGCUCGGCUCUUAAGCUCGGGCUCCUUUGGAAACCUGGAGAACCUCAGCCUGGCCUUUACCAACGUCACAAGUGCCUGUGCAGAGCAUCUCAUUAAACUGCCUUCGCUCAAGCAGCUGAACCUGUGGUCAACUCAGUUUGGAGAUGCAGGUUUGCGGCUCCUGUCUGAACACCUCACAAUGCUUCAAGUGCUCAACUUGUGUGAAACGCCCGUUACCGAUGCUGGGCUGCUGGCCCUGAGCUCCAUGAAAAGCCUCUGUAGUUUAAACAUGAACAGCACCAAGCUCUCAGCAGAUACCUAUGAAGACCUCAAGGCUAAACUGCCCAAUCUGAAGGAAGUGGAUGUCCGCUACACUGAAGCUUGGUGAAAACCCCUCGUGCCCACGCCUUUGUAGUUUUUGACGGGGAGAGAAGAGAAUGUUUUUGAAACAAUAAAAAGCAAAGAACUUAGACUUUUGGCUUUUGCCUCUAGAGAGCAGGUUCUGAGGACAUCAAUUUUUAGGUGCUGUGUGUGUGAGGUAGUGAAGUAUGAUUUUUGCAGGUGGAUAUUCACACCAGACCUAAUCCUUUCAGCUUCGUAUUCUCGAAUUCAACAUCAUUUAAAUUAAGGUGGGGGGGUGAAGAAAGCAAGACUGAAUAGCCUCAAGAAGAUUUGGGGGGCAGGGAGGGUCCUCUCUUGUUUCUGGUUUGCUCUUUUUUUUCCUUUUGUACUUUUUUAAAUUUGCGUGUCAAUUGUUUUUUUUUUUUUAAACAAGAAUAUGCACCGGUUUUUCAGCUUUCCUUCAACCUUGGCCUUUUCAUAGAUGCUUUCCCAUCUCUUCUGUUCUCCAGUGAAAAAUCGAAAAAGAAUGUAGGCGAAAUCAAGAGAAGGAGCAGCAGUUUGUUUGAUUUCCACCCCUCGUUCUGUCCUUUCAAUCGUUAUGCAAAGUAAUAUUGUAUAUACAAUUUACAUAAUACGCCUAUUUAAAAAAAAAAAAAAAAAAGUUCCGAAAGAACAGGUCUGGGACCUGCCUUUUAUUUAUGAAUUGUCAAUUCAUUGUUUGUUUCAUUUUUGUUUUGCGUAGAGUACUGGGUAAACAACUUUGGCGUCUUUUUGUUGUUGUGUUGCUCUUUAAAAGACAGAACAAAAGAGAAUCGCCCUCCUGUAUUAUACAAUCUCGUUCCAGCGCAUCCUACCUUUUUGGUUUAUAUAUGCCUCAGAUUUAUUCAGCCAGGGGAAAGAAUAUACAUGCAUAUACCUGGUGCAUACACACACAUAUAUAUAUAUAUUUACAUAUAUAUAAGAGCAGAACACUGGGUGGGCUGUCUGGAAUAGAUUUUUCAAUUCCUAAAGCCACAUUUUCAGACUAUGCUAGGUGUAGGAAUUAGGAGUGGAAAGCAAGCCACCUCUGUUUAUGUUUAUGAUUAUUUUUAAUGCUAGAGAAAAUGCUUAAGUUUUUACCUGAAAGUGAAGAUUGAGCUGUCAGCCGUUCGCGUUAGAUUUGCCAUGGUUUGAUUUCUGUUUAUGUCCAAAGUUUCAAGGGCAAAAAUUCACCCUUCCACGCAGCCACCUUAGGGCGAUGUUUCGCAUUGGUCUUUCCCCAGCCCCAGCUGUUUGCUUAACGUCCACCUUCCUCAACACGGUGGCCCUUCCGCCAUAUUGGUCUGCAUCUGACCAUAAGCCCCGUGGAAGAUGCUGGGAACUGCCAGGCAAACCUGUGGAACUACAGGGAGAAGGUUUACCCGGACAAUGUGAUCUCUCAAGUUCCAGAGAUGGAGAUCAAAUUGUCUUUCCUGUGAUCACUUUCUCGAAUCCCCCUGAAAGUAUGACCAUCUCUCGUCCUCAUCCUCCUAUGUGAUUGCUCAGAUAAAUGAUAAAAAGUGUGUGUGUGUGUGGUUUUUUUUUAAGUGGUUUCAUUUAUAAAUACGCUUUUGGAUUUCCUCCCCCCCAUGACAAGCAUUCUUUCAAUGGAACAGCUACUUCUUUUUUAAAAUAAAUUAACAAGGCAAAGGUUUUGUUUGAUGUUCCUUUUCAAAGUUACGCAUGCAUAUAUUCAGUUCUUUUGGCAAUGCAAGAGAUCUAAAAACCAGGUAUGCAUAUAAACACACACACACACACAAAAAUCUUUGUUAUUUUCUUAAAUGUUGCUGGGUAGUUUAUUCAUCUUUUCAAUCCCUUUUAUCUCUUGACUCUCCCUUUUUAUAAGAAUAUCAACAAAAAGUUGGUUCGAGUCUUAAUUCUUAUGUUGUGCCAGAACUGUUGUGAGAAGGACGUCCAUUGUUUGUGUUUUUGCCAGGGGGGGGGUAGAAAAGUCAAGAUGGUGCCACUGCUUUUUUAUAUGGGUCACAGGCACAUUAAAAAGGGUCAGUCCUUCAAUCGUGCAGCCAUCUUGAUUUUUUUUUACACAGACACAACCCUGCAGAUGCUCCUCUUUCUGUCUUAUAUCCCACGCUGACUGAUAAAACUCAGUGAGGGAAGAAAAGAAAAAAACUAACGCCAACAUUUUAUCCUUAGCUGCUUUUACUGAUGGAUUACUACUACUGUUCUGUAGCCAUGUUUAAAAGAAAAAAAAAGAUGUGAAAUAAUUUCAGGCGAAAAAAAUAAUAAACUGUAACUGAAUAUCUUU